AUGUCAAUGUUUACUUCAAUACAACAAUCGAUUCAUAAAGCAUAUGUGAAGACUGUUGAGAAGGUGACACCAACACUUUCAACAUCAAAGUUUUUAGAUGAAGGUGUUUUGACACCAGAGGAAUUUGUACAGGCAGGUGAUCUUUUGACUCAUAUGUGUCCCACUUGGACUUGGGAAUCAGGUGAUCCAUCAAGAAAUGUUAAUUUUUUACCAAAAGAAAAGCAGUUUCUUUUAACUAGAAAUGUACCAUGUUACUCUAGAGUUAAAUCAUUGGAGAAUGAAUCUAGAGCAUCUAUUUCAGAUAUAUUACAGUUGGAGGGAGAGGACGAUGAAGAAUGGGUUGCACCAAAAUCUGGUAAUCCAGAUGGAGUCAUCGAACAAGAUUUACAAAAGGAUAUGUCGGGACUCAAAGUAUCACAAUCAAACAACACUACAACCACAACCACCACAAAACCAACCACUAUAGAUAAUACAAAGCCAACUUCUGACGAUGACGAUGAAGAUGAAGACGGUGACAUUCCAGAUAUGGAGGAUUUCCAAGAUGAUAAUUUAGUUGAAGAUGAUCCCUCUACUUUGAAAUCAAAUCAACAAACCAAUAACAACAAUAACAAUAAUAAUAAUAGUAAUAAUAAUGUAUCUUUAGAAAGUUCAACUGGCAAUGCAAAUAGCAAUAGCAGUGUCGGUGAUGAUGAUAAUAUUCUGCGUACUCGUACCUAUGACAUCAGUAUUACAUAUGAUAAGUACUAUCAGACUCCAAGAGUAUGGUUAUUUGGUUACGAUGAAAAUAGAAAGCCAUUAAAGCCAGAGGAAAUAUUUGAAGAUAUCUCUGAGGAUCAUGCUCACAAGACAGUGACAAUUGAUUCACAUCCACAUCUUGGUAUCAGUUUCGCCUAUAUUCAUCCAUGCAGACAUGCCUCUGUCAUGAAAAAGUUGAUCACCAAACAAUCUGAAAACGGAAAAGAACCAAGAGUCGAUCAAUAUUUAUUCUUGUUCCUUAAAUUUAUCUCUGUUGUCAUCCCAACCAUCGAAUAUGAUUUCACUUUGGAGUUUGAUACAUAA